AUGAAAGAAGCCACUAGUGGCACCCUUUACUGGGUGCAGACGCUUCUGAAGAUUGCAAUCUUCCUGAGCAUCACCGGCGCGGCCGUUUCGUCGCGUUUGUUCUCGGUAAUUCGGUUUGAAUCCAUCAUCCACGAGUUCGACCCGUGGUUCAAUUUCCGGGCCACGAAAUACCUAGUGGAACACGGUUUCUACAAGUUUUUGAAUUGGUUCGAUGACCGUACGUGGUAUCCGCUUGGUAGGGUCACCGGUGGCACGUUGUACCCGGGUCUUAUGACAUCUUCUGCUGCGAUUUGGCAUUUACUGAAGAAGGUCGGUUUGCCCGUUGACAUUCGUAACAUCUGUGUGUUGUUUGCUCCUGCGUUUUCUGGUGUGACUGCGUACGCCACUUACAAGCUUACCUCUGAGAUCAAGGACUCGGGAGCCGGACUUUUGGCCGCCGGGUUUAUCGCGAUCGCACCAGGCUACAUUUCGAGAUCCGUUGCAGGCUCUUACGACAAUGAAGCGAUUGCCAUCACGCUUUUGAUGGUGACAUUCAUGUUUUGGAUCAAAGCUAUGAAAACCGGCUCCAUUAUGCAUUCCACUUUCGCAGCGCUCUUUUAUUUUUACAUGGUGUCUGCUUGGGGUGGCUACGUGUUCAUCACAAACUUGAUCCCACUCCAUGUGUUCGUUUUGCUCUUGAUGGGCCGUUACUCUAACAAGCUGUACGCUUCGUACACGACCUGGUACGCGAUUGGCACACUAGCGUCGAUGCAAAUCCCGUUUGUCGGCUUUUUGCCUAUCAGAUCUAACGACCACAUGGCCGCACUGGGUGUUUUUGGACUCAUUCAGAUUGUGGCAUUCGGCAGUUUUAUCAAAUCCCAAGUGUCAUGGGAAAAAUUCCAAACGGUUAUGUUUGUAUCUUUGGCUUUUUUGCUUGUCUUGGGAGUCUCGGGUCUGUUUUUACUCACGUAUUUCGGGUACAUCGCACCUUGGACCGGCCGAUUUUAUUCGUUAUGGGACACCAACUAUGCCAAAAUCCAUAUUCCUAUCAUUGCUUCGGUGUCCGAACAUCAGCCAACCGCAUGGCCCGCUUUUUUCUUUGACACUCAGUUUUUGAUCUGGCUUUUCCCAGCGGGUGUGUUUUUACUGUUUUUGGAGUUGAAAGACGAACACGUCUUUGUCAUUGCAUACUCGGUGCUUUGUUCCUAUUUCGCCGGUGUUAUGGUUAGAUUGAUGCUAACGCUGACGCCUAUCAUUUGCGUGUGUGCCGCAGUGGCCGUCUCGAAAUUGUUUGAUGCGUACUUGGAUUUCUCGUUCGUGUUUCAAAAGUCCAAGAACGGUGCACGUAAAUUUGACAAAGAUGCCAUUUUCACGACAAUAACGCGUACUCUCGUGAGCGGUACUUUUGUCGCGUAUUUGUUCUUGUUCGUGUACCAUUGCACCUGGGUUACUUCGAACGCAUACUCGAGUCCCUCCGUGGUGCUACCUUCGCGGAAUCCGGACGGUUCCCCGGCAUUGAUCGACGAUUUCCGGGAAGCGUACUACUGGCUGCGUAUGAACACCGCGGAAGAUGCUAAAGUCGCAUCGUGGUGGGAUUACGGAUACCAAAUUGGAGGUAUGGCGGACAGAACCACGCUUGUUGAUAACAAUACUUGGAACAACACGCACAUUGCCAUCGUGGGCAAAGCCAUGUCGUCACCCGAGGACAAAGCUUACGAGAUUUUGCAGGCGCAUGAUGUGGACUACGUGCUUGUCAUUUUCGGAGGCCUCAUUGGGUUUUCUGGUGACGAUAUUAACAAGUUUUUGUGGAUGGUACGAAUCUCAGAAGGUAUUUGGCCGGAUGAGAUCAAAGAGCGUAACUAUUUCACACCCAGCGGAGAAUAUCGUGUGGACGCGGCCGCGUCUCAGACCAUGAAAAACGCGCUUAUGUACAAACUAUCGUACCACGAGUUCCCAACCUUGUUUGGUCAGCAGGAGGGCAUCGACCGGGUUCGGGGCCAGACGAUCCGUGCCGAAGACGUGGGUGACUUGGACUAUUUCGAAGAGGUGUUCACGUCCGAAAACUGGAUAGUGCGGUUGUACAAGUUGAAGGACCGCGAUACGCUGGGGCGUGAUCUCAAGUCUGCAUCGCAAUUUGAUCGCGCCGCGGCGCGUGGAACGAAAAGACGCGUUAGCAAGCGGCCACAGCUAGAGUUGAGAGUGUGA